UGUCAGUAACUAAGUUGCCUACAACCGUAGCCAUGCUGAUUAUACUCUGUCUGGCGUUGAUAGUUUCUGCCUCCUGUUUACAACCUAGAAUAAUCGGAGGUACAGCUACAACUAUCGAUAAGCAUCCAUAUCAGGUUUCUAUUCAUUAUGACGGUAAGCUCUUAUGUGGAGGUUCGAUAAUUAGCAAGGACUGGAUCUUGACAGCGGCACAUUGCGUUUAUGGUGGAAAAGUAGCACUUUUUAAAAUCCGAGUCGCAAGCAGUUAUCAUGAUGAAGGAGGCACUCUGAUUACAAGUAUUGCCUCCAUUAUUGCUCAUGAAUGGUACGAUGAAGAUACUUAUAUGUACGAUGUUGCUUUGAUCAAAUUGACAAAUCCUGUAUCAUUGGGUAAAAACGCAAAAAUUGUCGCUCUUGCGACACCAUCAACAAACAUUAAGACCGGUAGCAAGGCGAUUGUCGCGGGAUGGGGUAAAACUUCGACGAACGGUGCGAGCUCGAAAGUAUUGCGAGUCUUGACGGCACCGACCAUUGAUCAGAAAGUCUGUCAAGAGAUCUACGCUCAUCAUAGAAUAGUGACAUCGGAUAUGCUGUGCGCCGGUUACACCACUGGUGGGAAAGACACAUGUCAGGGAGACUCCGGCGGUCCGCUCGUGUACAACGGUGUCCAAAUUGGGAUCGUGUCCUGGGGUGCUCAGUGUGCGAGUGUUGGAUAUCCUGGAGUGUACACGCGAGUAUCCGCCAUACGGAGUUGGAUAACCAAGCGGGCGAACGUGUAGCAGAAUUAAUUUUUCCCCUCUCUUCUGCACUGUUCUCCGAGAUAGGAGAGAGGCGGCGUACCGUUGAAAAAAUAUUUUCUUUUGUUUAACCGCAUCAAAACCAGACAGUAUUAUGAAAAAGAUACUAUCUAUGAGCUGUAUAAUAGGAAAGUGUAUCUAAAAAUGAGAGGAAAAUUGUUUGCAGUAUUAAUGAUGUAAUUUUGAAACAGGAAGCGGUAAAAUUUCAAUGAGUUUGCAUUCCUAUUUCCCUGAAUAAGCAUUAUUUUCGUAUAUCUAUUACCAUCGAGAGAAAUUUUAAUUGAUAAAAUAACAUCAAUUUUAAAUCUUAUUUAAAACUAGAUUAUUUCUUAACAAUACAUUACGAAUAUAUUUAUUCUCUUCAGAUACAAAUUUAAGACUCACGUAAUGAGCCUUACAACAGUAAUAAAUUUUCUCACAACGUUA